UGGAGGAUCACAUUCUCUCCGGCUCAGACUAAGAGCUGCUUGAAUCAUCGCUCUGAUCCUCCUCCUCUCAGACAGAACGAGGAGGAGGAGGAGGAGGAGGAGGAUGUGCGACUGCUUUUCAGUCCCAGAUUCUACAACGACAAGAAACAACCCAGAAGUCAAGGAGAACACACAUCUGUUCCUCAGGACGGCUAGAAGAUGCGGGAUGCUGACAUUUGCUCUGAAUAUUAUGGAAGAAGAUGAGUUCUUCAUAAGAAGAUGAUUUAGAAUUUGGAAGUAUCAGUUGCUUUUAUUUCUGACAGAAUUUCUUUAUUUGGAUGCUGAUUCAUCAAAAAGACCGUUGACCAUUGGACACAGAUACUGGGGUUUUGCUGCAGGACAAUGUUGUAUCUUCAGCUUUUUGACCAAAAGAAAAUGGAGUAUGAAAGAAUUUCUGGACAAAAAUAAAAUGAAGUUUGGAAACAGUUUGAACUUUUUAAUAUGCAGAUGACAAAGUUGGGAACCAGGUUUGCUAUUUGAAGUAACAAAGAUGAAGUUUGGAGGCAGUUUGUGCACCCUGAACGUUGGCGGCCGCAAGUUUUCCUUCUCAGCAGAGCUGAUGAAGCGCCUCCCUCUCAGCAGACUUAGUCGACUGCAUCGCUGUGUGUCGGAGAGCGAGCUAUUGGAGCUCUGUGACGACUAUGACCGUGACAGGAAUGAAUUUUUCUUUGACCGGCACUCUGAGGCCUUUAGCUUUAUUAUGCUGUAUUUGCAGCACGGGAAGCUACGCUUCGUGCCUCACAUGUGCGAGCUGUCCUUCUACAACGAGAUGCUGUACUGGGGCCUGGAGAGUGGUGACCUGCAGCCCUGCUGCCAGCGACGCCUCGACGACCGCCUGUCUGACUGUUUUGUCCACUUCUUUCCUGAGGAGGAGCCACGGGGCCCUGAGGAGCCCGAGAACCGCUGGUUGGAAAGGAUGAGAAGGACCUUUGAGGAGCCCACAUCUUCACUGGUGGCACAGAUCCUUGCCUCUGUGUCCAUGCUCUUCGUGGUCAUCUCCAUGGUGAUGCUGUGUGCUAGCACCUUACCAGACUGGAAAACCCCCGAGACCCUGGACCAGCACAGGAUCAUUGAAGCGGUGUGUAUCGGUUGGUUCACAGCUGAGUGUAUCAUCCGUUUCCUUGUCUCUAAAGAUAAAUGUGAGUUUGUCCGUCGUCCUCUGAACAUCAUUGACCUGCUGGCCAUCACACCGUACUACAUCUCUGUUACUGUGACAAAUCUAACAGGGGAGAACUCACAGUUGCAGCGGGCCGGAGUCACUCUGCGCGUCCUUCGCAUUUUGCGUAUCUUCUGGGUGAUCAAGCUUGCACGUCACUUCUUGGGUUUGCAGACACUUGGCCUGACGCUGCGACGCUGCUACCGUGAGAUGAUGAUGCUGCUGAUUUUUGUUUUUGUUGCCAUGGCAAUCUUCAGCGCACUGGCACAGCUGCUGGAGCAUGGCUUGGACCUGGAGUCUGGAAACCAGGCCUAUGCCAGCAUCCCUGCUGCCUCCUGGUGGGUGAUCAUCUCCAUGACAACUGUUGGGUACGGGGACAUGUACCCAGUGACCGUUGCAGGACGUGUGCUGGGUGGCCUUUGCGUAGUGAGUGGCAUCGUGCUGCUGGCACUGCCCAUUACCUUCAUCUACCACAGCUUUAUCCAAUGCUACCAUGAGCUCAAAGUGCGCUCUGCCCGCUGCACCCAUAGCCUGUCUGCUGAGUUCAUCCACUGAAAGCUGCUGAGAUGUAGAAGUAACAUGGAGUUUAACCUCCAGAGACAGAGACAAUAUGGAGGAAAACACCUGACUACUGUGAUGGAGGAGCAACAUGGAGUUCAUUGACUCAAUGGAUUUUGAAGCAUCCUGAAGAUAUCAAUGUCUAACAAACUCCAAAAACAAAACAAAAAAUCUCCACAUCAGGUCCAACAAAGACUUUUGAAACUUUUGUUUUGACAUCUGAGGAGCUUGUAUGUUUGAUCCAUUCUGCUCAGGAUUGUUUUAGUGGUAGAUGUCUUAGUUUGAAUUUCUAAAUAGCUUCCUCUGAAGUCAGAGGACUAUUAUCUGACAGGAACUAUUGGUGAACGAUGUUGAGCACAGUUCCUUAAAGGAGUUAAGUAAAAAAAAGCUUGCAUAUCCACUGCAUAUAUGAAGUCUCCAGCAUUAGGAAUGGACUGCUUACAUGAUGGUUUUCUGCAGCAAGACGUCAACCCAUUUUGAAAGAGAGAGUUGUUGAAGAGGAGCAAAUGGUUGGCAAAUCAAGUCAAGUUCUUAAAGCCUUACAGUCAAUCAGGUGACUAAUUCAUUGAAUAAGCUAUAUACUCUUGGGUUUUCCACAAAGUGAGAUUAUUUCUAUGGUGGUGUCUGACUUCAAUUGUUCAUUCAUCAGAAUAAAAAAGCAAAAAACUAAUUGUGGAACGUGACAAACUCGCCACAUGCUUGUGUGAAAAUCCAGUGAGGUAGUGGAAGAGUAACUUAAAGAAACCAAGCUUCUUGCCACAACUUCAACCAGAAUCCCUUCAGGCUAAAGCCAACAACAACUCUGACCGCUUUGGAAUUGUCAACUAAAUAAUGUAUAAUAAACAAGGCUAUAACAAUCGCAGUGUAGCUAAAUCUCACAACAUCAUACAUCAAUACAAUAUUACAUCACCGAAAAGCUUUAGCAGAGACUUCUUAAACAUCUACAGACGGACGUCAUUCUAAACAACUUGUUGCAGGUUGUAAUUAUGUUUUUUCUUGCUUUAAAAUGAGUUUUAAAUAUGGGGCCUGAUGGAGAAUAUUUGGCUUUAGGAGAAAGCCUCAACUGGACACUGCAGGAACUGCAGUUAUUUUGCACUUCUGCUUUGACUUUCAUUUUCAAAUGGCUUAAACUCUUUCAAUAGUCCGAAAUGAACCCAGAGAAAACGGGAUGAUAUUAACUGUAUUUCAUUUUCAGGGUGAAGUCUUGUUUAUGUUUUCAAAAAGAAAUCACUUUAAGAAAAAGGCCAAACAUUCACAACUGUUUUAACUAUUUUAAGUUAAAGUAAUGAAUUUAGACUUAAACUUAGAAGCUUAAGGCCAAUCAGGUUAUGACCAUGUAUCCCAUCUAUUAACAAAUGGUAAAUGGACUUGAGCUUGCAUAAUGCUUUUCUAGUCUUCCGACUACUCAAAGCGCUUUUACAUCGCAAGUAACACCCAUUCACAACCACUAUUAACAAAUCCCAUUUAUUCACAUUUAUACGCCGCCGGCGAAGCAGCGUGAGUAACAAAAAGUGUCUUGCCCAAGGACACAUCGGACAUGUGGCUGCAGAAGUUGGGGAUUGAACCCCCCAACCUUACGGUUGAGAGAAGAUCGACUCUACUGUUGAGCCAUAGACACUUAUAGAUAUUCAUUUAUAGUCCCUGUGAUGUUUGUGUUGACAUUAAGAUGACUGAAGUAGGCGGGGUUAUGACAUGCUCCUGUAGCCAUAUGUUGAUGAGUCCUUGGGCAUGACAAUGAACCCCAAGUUGCUCCCACUGCUUCGGCGGCAGCGUAUGAAUGAGUAUAAAUGAGAUUAGCUAAUACACAAGCUUUGAGUGGUUGGAAGAAAAAAGGGCUAUACAAGCUCUAGUCCACAUACCAAGUCCAUCCCUCCAUCCUCCUGUGUAAACUUGAUGUUGUAAGGUGCACAGUGAAAGCUUCCACUUCCUAAGAUCAUGUGUUAACCGAGGUAUCAUCAUCCACUAAACAAAGUGGCUGGGGGCUAGUCCUUUGAAAGAAUAAAGGGCUCUGUUCUCUGCUACCUCCAGAGAGAUUGGUUGCUAUUGGAAACCCAGGUGAGCUCAUGGAACAGCCAUGCUUCUCUGUGCCCUCACUGUACUGAAAGUAAGUGGAGUUCAAACUGCUCUUCUAAUCAGUGCGGUCCACAGUCUUCUCAGAAGGUCCAAUAAUCACUUCCAUGCACAUCCAGCAACAUACAAAUCAACAUGAGAAACACUGAAGACCUAACAAGCCAGAUAAUAGCCCUGUUUCAACCAAGCAAAUUGGUACAAUACGGCAAACGCGUUUCCACAGCCGACCAUACCCUUAGCGGGGUGUAAGCCAAACAGUGUUAGCGGCAUUAGCAACGUCACAUCAUAACAGCGCGACACAGUGUAGCCAAUAAAUUAAACAAAGAAGAAGACCAAGACACAGAAAACACGGGAUAUUUAAACAUUGUGCGUUUUGUUUUUGUCCUUCAUAACCACUGUGAUUCUAUCCUUUAGGGUGGAUCGGUACCCUCGGCACCACAACAGAAGUGUAUUAAAAAAGUAGGACAGUGCAGAGCAGUUAUUUUGGGAUUCCCAACUUUGGAAGGUGGAAAUGCUAAUAAAGGCGUACCAUACCAAACCGAACUGCUGGGUACUGGCUUCUUGAGUGCUCUGUUAUUAUAAUAAAACACAGCAAGCUGAAUUAAUUGUCUGAUAUUUUUAUGAAAAAAUCUUCAAAUGACACAGACAACAACAGGGCAAAGAGGUAAAGUUUAGUGACUGUUAGCUAAAUUGAUGCCUAGCAGACAGCUUGUGGCUUUGAAAGUGAUCAUGCCUCGACACAGGCACUUACACAGGCCAAUCCCAAUCUCCACACUCAUGGACUCUGGUACUCCGAGGGGUGUUUAUAGGUGUUUAAAGACUGAGGGCUGAUGUCAAAUCUGUGUUUGGAUCUCUGUUGCAGACUUUUCAAAAUGUCAUCCUUUCUGCAGAAACUUCUCUGGGGUUUUCCCAAGGUUCUUAGAAAAAUAUGUGAAUCGUGAAACAUGGUUGUCCCAAACCCCAACGUAAACAAAGAAAGCAUGAAUAGAGUAAAUACAUUAGAAAUGUAAUAGUAAGAGACAGCAUCUAGCAACCCGCUAUUGGUGGUUGCAUUUUAAAUGCUUGUGGAAUAGUUUGUUUUCAGUCAAAUGUCCUGAUAGAAGGAUUUCUUUGUUGACUAGCUGUAAAAUAUCAACAAUGUGAACUUGGUUAUGGUUAUGGCUUUCUUUCUUUUAUAAAAUGUUAAUGCGUGUUUCUCACUGCAAUGUGUAAUGUUUUAAUAGUGUGUCCCAUUGCGCUCAAGUUUUAAGGCGAAAUUGGGUUGGGUCAAAGAUUUCUCUUUGGCCUUCUUCUUAGAGGACUUCACAUAAAAUGUUAUCUUAUAGCUCCCUCCUCAGGACCAUUUCCAGAUGUUGGAGUCACCUCUGGACCAUUUGGACACUCAGGGGUUAAACAAGCAGUCUGUAACUGGAUCUGUUCCCACUGGCUUAACACCCUCCAUGGUUUCCACAGUAACAGCAGACUAAGAGACAGGAAGUUGAGGCGUUGGAAAUUUGGUUUUGAAUGUCAGGAAGCUGAAGUGUGACUUAUCUCACUGAGCACUACUCUUCUAUUUAUUCUUCUGCUUUUUUUGUGAAACACUGCUGGGUUUAAACAGAAGGACACUAUACACCAACUCCGUUUAACCACUCACACUUUCUUUCUCUCUUUCUUGAACUUUUUCCUUGGACUUAAUGACUUGAUUUGUAAAUCAUCCUUUUAUUUCUGCAAUAAGCUUGUAAUUUUUGAUUAAAAGAUUAGAUCUUGGUGAGAGUCCCACUCAACCCAACAUCCAACCUAACCUGUUCUCCCAAUCCUAAUAAUCAACAGUGUUUAGAAAAUGUUCCAGAUUUUUUUUUUGCCAAUAAAAUGUAGAAUGUGCUAAAGAACAAAAUAUCUGCAUUCAUGAAACAUCUGCACACCUGAUGAACACACAUCAGUUCUUAACCAACAGGCUUGUACCUGUUUGGUAAUAUUUGCAUUCAGAAACGCCUCCAAUAAACCAUAUAAAGCACAUCCCUAUAAAAAUAUCUAUAUAUUGAAUAUAUUUCAUACCUUACCAGAAUAAUGGCAAAGAAAAGAAACUCCACAGCAACUGGCAAAGUAAGUUACUCCAACACAAAGUGAAAUGGAAAAAAAAAGUUUUUGGUUCUCUACUGCUGUGGAUUUAUAUUGUUUUUUUUUACUUGUGGGGAUAAACAAAUUGAUGUUUUUCUUUCUUAAUUAAGCUACACAGCUAUCUUUUUAUUUAAGAAAAACCGGACUGUUUCCUUGAUUUAAUGAAAUGAUUAGACUUGCUUGGGUGAAAAUGUACAAAAAAAUAAAAAAUUCAGCCGUC